CCUUCUCUUUCUAUUCACCGAAUCAAGACCAUCAAUGUCACCAAUUUUAUAAAUUAUGAUCUGCUAAAUCAUAAUUUCAGGGUAUUUCUUAAAUCAUACGUUUUUUUUUUUAAAUUUUAUCAGUUUGGUCCAAACUCCAAAAUCCCCUUUUCCAUAUUACCUUUUUAAAAUGUUCAACCAAAAAAGAAAUUGUUUUGGACUCUGGAUUUGAGUUCCAUUAAUGGAAGGACUCUAAGAUUCUUGGGUUUCUUUCCCUUUUCUGCAAGUAGGACCCUUAGAGUUUAGGCGAUAGGGUUGGGGACCUUUUAGAUUGAAGUAAGAGGAUGAAGGAGUUGAUUGGGAGUCCAGGAACGGUGAGUGGAUUAACACUAAGGGUAACCCAAUGUGCUUUUGCUGCUGCUUCCAUUGCACUCAUGGUCUCUGCCUCUGGUUUCUCUACCUACACUGCAUUCUGCUAUUUGAUUGCAUCUAUGGGGCUUCAACUACUAUGGAGCUUUGGACUUGCAUGUCUUGAUGUUUAUGCUUUAAGGAGAAAAAGAGAUCUUCAGAAUCCAGUUUUAGUGAGCCUCUUUGUUGUAGGUGAUUGGGUGACAGCUAUGUUAUCACUGGCAGCUGCAUGUUCAUCAGCUGGUAUUAUAGUCCUAUAUGCAAGAGACUUGGACUUCUGCAAGGCUCAAAGUCAUAUCCCAUGCCGGCAGUUUGAAAUAUCGAUAAUUUUGGCAUUUAUCACGUGGCUUCUAAUCGCAAUGUCAUCUCAUGUCAUGUUCUGGAUCUUAGCCUCUUUCUAGAGGUCUAAGGGAUUCCCAUACAAGCACAUGACAGCAUCUCCUAUUUGACAUGUAAAUCCUUUGGUUUUUUACUUUGAUUUUGACAAUUUUGGAGAAUUCGAGUAGUUCUGCCGUUUGCCUGUGCACAUUUAAGCAUUUUUUGUUUUAGUACUCAAUUUCAUUCAAAA